UUUGUAAGGGUAGAUAUUCAAGGUGAUAUAGUAAUUUUAUACCAAUUGCCUUAUAAGGAAGAUAAAAAUAUUUAAAGUCGCUUCACGAUUGUCUAUGAUGCUUCGUUCUAAAAGAAAAUCUCCUAACUCUAUACAACGUGGACCGAUUGUAAAGUGGUUAUUAAGGCACACAACACGAAUGUGUGAACUUCAAAGAAUUUGUUAUGGAGAAUUACCUGGAGCACCGAGAACAUUAGCUGUAGAAGAAUCUCUUAAGUUAUCUAGGAAUGCUAAUAUUAAAACUCUUAUAGUCUACUUGAAUGAUCUUGCAGAUCAGCAUGCAAUCACAAAACAGACAAAGCAAAAAAUUUUGAAGGAAGCUAUUAUAACCAUAUUGGUGACUAAGAAAGUAAAUCCGACAGCUCAUCCUGACUUUGCCAAGUCAUUUGGUAAAUGUAUAGAACUAAUUUGGGGCUAUAGACAACUUUGUGUGGAAUGUGAAGAGCUUAGAAAAACACCAUAUGAUGCUGACAAUUCUGAGCAUGAGUUCCUACUAUUAAAAUUAUGGAAUUUGUUGAUGCCUUAUGAGCCUUUAGAUGCUAGAGUUACCAAACAGUGGCAACACAUCGGCUUUCAGGGUGAUGAUCCAAAAACAGAUUUCCGUGGAAUGGGCAUUUUGGGAUUAGAAAAUCUAGUUUAUUUUGCUCAAGAGUAUCCCAGUGCUGCAACACACGUGUUAUCACAUUCUACACAUCCACGUUAUGGUUAUGCAUUUGCCAUAGUGGGCAUAAAUUUAACAAGCAUGGCUCUAAGAUUAUUAAGGGAUGGAAGUGCCAAGACUCAUAUUUAUAAUUCUUCAAAGGGUUUUCCAACAAUUCGCGCAUUUCAUCAACUUUACUGUUAUCUUUUCUAUGAAUUUGAUGGAUUUUGGAUUGAUUCAAAACCAAGCAAUAUGAUGGAAUUUUCAUCCAUACAAGAAAAGUUUGAGAAUAGUAUCAGAAUGGCAUUAGCUGACUCAUCUACUGUCUUUAGGAUAAAUAUAUCAAUUGAUAAUGUUUAAAAUAGAUGCAAUAUUUUCUACUGAUGAGUCUAAAACUAUCACAGAGAGUGAACAUUUUCUUAUUACAAUGCACAAAGCUACUUGCUCUGAUAUAUGUAGCACAGAGUGUCUUGUGAAUAAAUAGAACGUCAUUAUUGCAAAUUAUGAAGAAUAUAAAAUAUAAAGCAAAACAUAAAUAUUCUGAAAUAAUUAAGUUACAGACAAAUACAAAGAAUCUUGAUGCAUUUGAUAUUAUAUUUUUACUUUAUUUUUCUACUGGUAAUAAAGGUAAUAAAGGAAUUAUAUGUGUUACCUAACGAAUGUGAAGAGGUUCACAUAUAAAUUCAUUUGAAAUCAUUUAUUUAUCAUAAGUUAAAGUACAACGUUUACCCAAAUAAAUAUAUUACUUUCAAUCUACUUUUAUUUUAAAUAGGUAUAUGUAAAUAUAAAAUUUUAUUAUAAUUUUAUUAUAUAGAUUCAGAUGACUUUCUUGGGGAAAUGCAUAUCAUGUUUAGUAGAUGCCAUCAUGUGUGUAACAGCAAUAAUUUUUAUUCAAUAGUAUUUAUUGUAAAAUAUAGGAAACAUUUGUGUUAAAAAAAGAUUAGACUUGCAGUGACUAUUAUAGAUAUUUUAUACGAAAUAAAAAAUGCAAUUGUUAGAGAUAAAAUAUAUAUAUAUAUAUACAUAUACAUACAUAUACAUAUAAAUAUAUAUAUAUAUAUAUAUAUAUAUAUAUAUGUAUAUAUAAUUAGGAAAAUAAAAAAUUAUGCGAAUUGUUAAAAGUAUAAAAAUAAGAGAUUCACUGUAAUUAAGAACUUUAUUCAUCUUAUCUAUGUAUAUACAUACAUUGUGAUUUGUACAAAAUCAUGAUCAAUAAUAACUUGAUGCAGUAUCCAUAAUAUAUGUCUUUGAUACACGAAAUGGCUAGUCCCUUUUUUGUGCCAUUUCAGUUGUGCGUCUGAAUUUAAAAACUACGAAAAUUAUAACAAAUACGCUGAUCGCUAUGCUACUGAUCCAUGGUUUUUCACGUAAGAAAAUCGCAAUUGUAUCUCCAAGAUCAUCGCUGAAACGGGAACAUAUUUAUAUCAUAAUUGUACUACACUAAUAUCCAUGUACAAAGAGUUGAAUCUACUAAUAAAUGUGUUCAAACUUACAGUCGGCGUCGUGGUACUGGGACAGUCUCAGCAUGCGCAUUUUUAUAAUAUUCUUUUGCAAAUGAUGUAAAAGAAUUAAUGUCGUAUUUUGGAAUCUGAUAACGAUACAUUUUACCAUGUCUAAAGCUACAAGUACAAAAUAAAUUAUGUUAAAUAUUAAAA